AUGGUAUUGGGCAAGAUCCUCCUUACCGCCCUUCUCACUUCUCGAGUUGCAGCAUCCACAGGACAUCCGAGUGGCGAUUGGCCAUGGCAGACAUUUAAAUCCAGUCCGGCACAGCCGCCAUCGCUGCGGAUAAACAAACACGGCAACACGUCGCCUGGAUACCUCAUCUUCAACCAAAAUGGACCAGAAGUGCACAACUACAGCCUGUUUAUCAUGUCUGACGAUAAUGAGCUUGUUUGGCAGUCUGAACGCAACGGCUUUGCCGAUUUCCGGGUGCAAACCUUUGAGGAUAGUCCAGUCUUGACGCAUUGGCAGGGACUGGCGCUGGGCGAGCCUUGGGGAUUCGGUGUUGGAAUUGUUCGGAUAUACGACGAAUCGUACGAAAACAUAUAUAAUGUGUCUUUGACAACUGCACAGGAAAACAUCAUACCUAGCGGAGGGCUGGAUUCGGGGAUGCUCUUCUCAUACCUUGACUUUCACGAAUCGCGCAUUACGCGAGACGGCACUAUGCUCGUGACGGUCUACAACGUUACAGAGCACGACCUCUCGCCAUACGGAGGACCGAGGAAUGGUUGGGUCACUAACUCCCUCUUUUACGAAAUGGACAUCAAAACCAACACUGUGUUGUAUCGAUGGAGCGCCCUGGAUCACACGGAUCAAAUACCCAUUGACGACGCCAUCCAAUUUCACCCCCUCGAGGAUUUCGGCAAGAACAAGACUCUACCUUAUGACUACUUUCAUCUCAACUCCGUUGACAAGCUUGACGAUGGAUCGUACAUCAUUUCAUCGAGAUUUUUCUGCUCGAUAUUCCGCCUCACCCCCAACGGCACGGUUGAGUGGACAUUUCAGGGAGAGAACGGCGGCGACUUCAAACUGGCUUCGGAUAUAUCGUUUCGGUACCAGCACGAUGCUCGAGUCCGUCAUGUCGGAGAGGACUUCAUGCAGCUCAGCCUGUUCAACAACGACAACUCUGCCGUGAAGUCAGGUGUCAACGAGACUACGGGCAUAUUCGUGACGCUAGACACAAAGACGUGGACGGCGACUCUGGACCGAGAGCUGGUUGAUCCGACUGACCGCGUCUACGCCAAGUCCCAAGGAAACACGCAGUUUCUUGACAACGGUAACGUCAUCCUGGGAUAUGGGUCGACGGCGAAGAUCAAAGAAUUUACCCCGGAUGGUUCCGUGGCCAUGUCUGCAGUGUUUGGACACAAGGACGGGACAGUAUUCUCCUACCGGUCAUAUCGCUUUCCGUGGAUCGGUCGGCCAAAAACGUCUCCCAGCGUCUAUGCUUGCAUUAAGAGCAAUGAGACACAGGUGUACAUGAGUUGGAACGGCGCCACUGAGCACAAGACCUGGCAAGUCUUUGCCGGUUCAACAGAGGGCGAUCUUUCUUCCCAGGUGUCGGUCGCAAGACAAGGAUUCGAGACGGCCGUGACCCUUUCAGGUCUGCCAGCAUUGAUUCAGGUUGAGGCGAAGACGGCCGACAUCGACAUUCCUGGCGCAAGGUCUGCUAUUACUCGAGCAAAAGAACCAUGCACUUGA